GGGGUAGGGUUUUGGAAUAGAUAGAGUUUAAGUUAUUUUAGCUAAUUCGAGGUGAAGAGUUAAUUGGAUCAACAGAUUAUAUAGGACAUCGAUCUUUAAUAUAUAAGUAAGUUUUUUAUGUCAACGUGAUGAGUUAAGUCCUUGAAUUAUACUGUGAAGGUUUAAGGAAUAAAGGAAAUAAGAGAUUCAAUAAGAAAAAUAGCCAAAAAAAAAAAUGUCUUACAUAGGAAAUGUUUUUAUAUAUAUUGGUAAACCAACAACAUUUACAAUAUUAUACUCAAUUAUAGGUUUACCAAAUAAUGAUUAACAUUAUUGUAUAAUUGUAUUGAUUCAAUAUUUACCAAGUCUAAUCCAAAUUAUCAUUUAAACAAUAGAGAAAACGAAGAGGAUCAAAGGUAGGGAAGUUAUCCUUGUUAGAAACUUGGGUACAAAUAAGCGUUUGGAAUGGAGGAUACAUUGUAAUUAAUUAUUAGAGAGACCUAUCUUUGCAAAACACAUCGAAGCACCGAGUAACCAUAUAAUUAUCAUCUAACUUAUUCGGUUACAUAAUUUACAAUCAUCACUCUUUACCGCUCGGAAAAAAAAAAAAAGUUAUAAUACCUCCUUAAGUUGACUUCCAAAGAAAGACAAGGACAAUGCGGUAAAAUUAAAUCAAGAAAAUUACAGUCUCGCUCAUUAAUUCACCAUUGGCGGUAAUUCUCAUUCCGGCGUUGACAAAUUGACUGAGGUCAUAACAACCGACAAAAUUCGGAUUUUUCCCUUCUUUAUAUUUAUAUUCUUCCCGCCCAUUUCCUUCUCUCUCAUUCACCGCCACUCUCUUUCUCUCUCUUCCCUCGCCUCUUUCUCUCUCUAAAAAUUUUCCUUCAUUUUCUGAGAAGAAACUCUUCUCGCUACUCUUCAUCUUAAUUUCGAAGUAGAUUAUCAAGAAUUUCAUCCUCAAAUAUCGGAAAAUGCAGCAAGACACUUCCUCCUCUGCAAAUAUGAUGUCAUCGGCCGGAGAUAUCUUCACUCCACCGCCGUACUCCAUUUUCUUCCACUCCGCUACUUCUCCGACAAGCUUCAACUCAUCUCCAGUCAAUUCCGACGGAAACUCCGGCAGAAACACAGACAACAUCAGCGCUAUGGCUUUGAGAAGCUUCCCUCGGAUAGUGGCGGACCACAAGGAGCUGCUCAGUCGCCACUCUCUCUGCCUCGCUCAGCUUUGUAAGACGUUCAAUGAAGCAGAGACUCUCCGGCAAGAGAACACUAACCUCCGACUCGAAAAUCUUGACCUUAGCAACCAACUUAAUCUCCUCAUCCAGGAUAAUCUCCAGAGCCGAUACCUAGCUAUGUCGUUUUCUGAUUAUCCGGAGCAGCUCGGCUCUUCGUCUCUCUCCGCGGCUGCUGAGAAGUUAGGCGGCGGCAGUGGCAGCAGCGGCGGAAGCUUCCAGAAGGAGAGAGUAAGUGGAGAUUGGGAUGAAGGAUUCUGCAGUAAUAAUCAGAAUCGAUCAACCGUGAAUGAGAAGAGUCAAGAGGAGGAUCACAAGGAGGAGAAUGCUCGUGUUGCUCUGCCUAAGAGUAUCUCAGUCAGGUCUAAUGGAUUCGUUAAGAUGAAUCAGAUUGCUGCUGCUUCAGCUCAGAACAAUUCGACUCCAACUCGGUCUGUGACUCCGCUUCAAUCUUCAGGCAAUGUGUCUGGACCGCAAAAGGUAUAUGUGCGAGGAGGGAGCAACAAAAACGGACCAAUUGAGCUGGAAGUUUACAAUCAAGGCAUGUUCAAGACUGAGCUAUGCAACAAAUGGCAAGAGACUAAGACCUGCCCUUAUGGUGAUCAUUGCCAAUUUGCUCAUGGCAUUGAGGAGCUUCGUCCUGUCAUCCGUCACCCUCGCUACAAGACUGAGGUCUGUCGCAUGGUCCUUGCUGGUGAUCCCUGCCCUUAUGGUCAUCGCUGCCACUUCCGCCAUGCCCUCACUGAUGAGGAGAAGCUCAUGCAUUCACCCAGGCUUAACUAGCCAACUCUUUCCAUGGUUGUCUAAUUCCUCAUUUGCUGGAAUCUAGUUGAGGUAUGAUGACUUACAAUAUACCAUAAUGGGAGACUGAAUGUUUAUAGUUCCGUAUGAUAAUACCUAUGAGUGAAAUAUACUAUAUAGCAUAAAAUACAUAAAAAGAUAUAAAAAUUACAUAAUCAGGAUUCAAUUAGUAAGUAUAGUGUCUGUAAUUACCAAAAAUUUAAGAAACAGGAAAGUAGAUAUCAUUGUGGCUGAGAGAAGAUGCUGAUGGUUUGCUAGCUUUUUCUGAUGCUGAAAGCGUCAGUCAAGACUCAAAGGAAAACUGAACUAGAUUUUGUAAUAAGUUCUAUUAGUUCAUGCUUCGUUCCACUAGCAACGUUUUGCCAGAGCUUGUUUGUAAAUAAGUCAUUGAGAAUCUGAAACUGCAGAGGUUUUUGAUUCAUAGUAUUGAAUCUAUUACUUUGUAUAUUGUGCAUGGUUUAAUUGCAUAAUAUUCUAAGGAUAAUUGUAUAUAAGAGUACUUUUCAGUAGUGGUAUCAAACAAGCCCUGUAACGGUUUGAUUGCUUCCAAACAUUCAUCAUUCAUGUUUGAAUUCUGAAGAGUCCUCACAUUUUAAGUGGGGGGAAGAGGAGGGAAACGGGAGUAAUCUAAUGCCGUAUAAGUAA